AGCGAAAGUAAAAAGUUCCGCGUUUCCAUCCGCCAUUUUAUAGAGAUGGGAUGAGUUGGUUCGUCACCACACCGAUCAUCAAACGGAUUAAUAUAAGGUUUAUGAAAUCAGAUUCAGGUAUUGUCUCGUGUGUAGUUGAUGUUAAAGCUGGAAGAUUUUGAGGACGUGAAUCCAGACAGAUUUAUCAGUUGUGGAGAUCAGAUUGAUCAGAUUCACCUCUGCAGCUCCAUCAUGGAUCAAACACAAACAUCAACACAUGAAGAUUUUUCUCCAGGAUGCAGUUCAGAUCAUCAGAAGAGCUCAGAUCCAGAGAUCAGUUGUGUGUCUAUGAAGAGUGAUCGGUCUAUGAAUCCACCAAUAAACUUUAAGAAUGAAUCAACAUCUCCUGCUGUCAGUUCAGAUCAUCAGAAGAGAUCAGAUCCAGAGUUCAGUUGUGUGUCUAUGAAGAGUCAUCGGUCUAUGAAUCCACCAUGGCACUUUACGAAUGAAUCAACAUCUCCUGCUGUCAGUUCAGAUCAUCAGAAGAGAUCAGAUUCAGAGUUCAGCUGUGUGUCUAUGAAGAGUGAUCGGUCUAUGGGUGAGCCAUUAAACUUUAAGAGUGAAGAGACAAGACCCGCACACAGACGAAUCGGAACAGAAUCUGACUGUCAGAGGAGAAAGAUUGAACAAUCUGAGAAUCAACUACAAGACUUCAAUGAAAACAUGAGUCCUCGUCUUACAAACUCUCUAACUUCACAAAGGACGAGGACACAGGAUUACAAAAACAGGAAUAUUUAUAAUGCAGACGCUGAGGAAGGAUUACACUCAGAAACAUACAACAAAGACAGACAAAGAUUAAGACACACAAGUGCAAAAUAUACUAACAAACACAGUCAUGAGUCUAAUCUUGCUAAAGUCCUGAGCAGAUUCAGAUCAAAUCUGAGGAAGAAGUUUGAGUGUUUGUAUGAGCUAACAUCAAAUAAAAGAAACCCAACACUACUGAAUGAGAUCUACACAGAGCUCUACAUCACAGAGAGUGAAAGUGGAGAGAUCAGUAAUGAACAUGAGGUGAGACAGAUUGAGACACAAUCCAGAAGAACAACAACAGAGGAGACACCAAUCAAAUGUAAUGACAUCUUUAAACCUUUACCUGAACAAGACAAACACAUCAGAAGUGUGCUGACAAAGGGAGUCGCUGGCAUUGGAAAAACAGUCUCUGUACAGAAGUUCAUUCUGGACUGGGCUGAAGAGAAAGAGAAUCAGGACGUCCACCUCAUAUUUUCACUUCCUUUCAGAGAGAUCAAUUUGAUGAAGCACAAAACACUCAGGGCUCUAUUUUAACGAUCUGAAACGCAAGUGCGAAGCGCAACGCGCAAGUGAGUUUGUGGGCGGAUCUUGGGCGCUGUUGCUAUUUUCCCGGCGUGAGAAAUAACUCUUGCGCCGGGCGCAAAUCAAUAAGAGGUUGGUCUGAAGUAGGUUCAUUAUUCAUAGGUGUGGUUUGGGCGUAACGUCAAAUAAACCAAUCAGAACGCUAGCCAACAUUCCCUUUAAACGCAAGGGCGCAAGUUCCAUGGCGGGUUGCUAUUAUUAUGACGGAUUUACCAGGCGCACGCCAGGAGCGGUUCACAGCCGAGGAGACCGACGUCCUUGUACGGGGGAAUCCCACGCUUGCCAGCAUAAAUCGGGCACGCCGUGUAACGGGAGGUGGAUCUGCCUCAGGACUUGACGCCAGCAGAGGACAUCGCUGCGUCCACCCUCACCACUGAAAGGGUUUGGGGGCUUUGAAAUCGGACCCAAGAAACGCAAGCAAGGUCCAACCCCAAAGUACUCUUACAAAUCAACUUCAUAUACAUUAAGGUUUCUUAUGAAAACAUUUUAACUAUUAUUUACAUAAAAUAAACGUAAUACAGCC